AUGUCCGAAGAGCAGAACAUGAUGCAGCAGCCCGCCUGCACUGUCCAGUCCAUGUAUCCCAACCAGGCAGGAGGGGACUCCUCUCUUCAAGGGGCUAAUGUCGAAACCCAACGGGCUUUUGACCCUCGCACUACAAUCGAGGACUACAACCGCACCAUGUUGGAGUACACUCAGCGCCAGAUCUCUUCAUUUGUUGACUUGGAUGAGAACAACAAUUCCAACGGUACCCGCAGCCGUAGCAGCCAAAGCAGUGGCAACAGUGAGGCAUCGUCCCACAGCAACGACUCGCGCCAUCGGACCGGUAGCUCCUCGCCCACCUCUGUGAAUCCCGGGCGGGCGACCUCUACACGAGAUAUGGCCGAGGGGACGCACAAGGCUUCGGCCAAGCACAACGACUAUUAG